AUGUGGAGGAAUUCUAUGAACGAAUUCAUUCUCAAAACAUAUUAUCAAAUUACCCGCUGUGAAAGUGACUUAACAUCAUACAGGCAGAGGUUAAGAGAGGAAUUUAUGCGUAAAUACCCGGAGCUCACACACAUUAAUGAACAAAACCUGGCUGACCGUAGAGCUGCAAUAAUAAGGAAUAACCUAGUACCAGAGGCCACCAGGAACCGCAUAUAUGCUGAAGUUCAACAAGAUAUCAUCGCUAAUGAAAGGAACACCAAUAUGCAAGAUGUUGUAGCUUACCCAGAUCCAGGUUCUCAAGAAGCUGCAAAUAGAGUCGCGCCAAGGAGAGGAGAUAGCUUCAACAGUCUCAAUAAUCGGGCAGAUAACCAACGUGGAGCUGAUGAAGGUGUGCCCAGCGCCCCCACCGAAGAGAAUGCGAAUCUCAGCGAGCAAAUAGAAACUGAGGUCCUGAAUUCAAUAAUUAUGUUUACUUCUCUUGAAUACACUAGUGGACCAAGGAUACCAACUCAAAAAAUAACCCAGAAUCUACUCAAGUUGGUAGAUUUAACAAACUCAAAGGUAAUCCCAAAGAUUGCACCAGAAAUUACAAGCUAUGAACAGUUAAAUACCUAUGUCUAUAGCUGCGCAGCUGCAAUCACGCUACUAAACGGAAGGAAACUCGUCUAUGAGACACGCCGUCAGUCAGACCAACAGCAACAACCUCUAGUACAGAAAAUGCCAAUAAGCCAACGUAGAUUAACAAAUAACAUCGAAACAUUGAGAGCUGAAGCUGGACUAUUAACAUUCCACACACAAAGAGAUCCACAAAAUAAUACUCCUAUAGAAGUGCUAGAUACAGUUAAACAAAAGCUAUCUAUGUAUGCGAAAAGAUUGAGGCGAUAUCGGAAAAGCAGUAAACGUAAUAAUGACAAUAAAUCCUUCGAACGAAGCCAAAAGAAAUUCUACGCUUCCCUAAAAAAGGUCGAAUGUGAUCAUACGCAAGUGCCUACAAUCGAGCAAAUGCAGCAGUACUGCUCUGGUAUAUGGGCUGAAAGAACACAAAAAAUGCCAACAACUAGUAUCAGCAACGAAAUAUUUAAAAACAGCGUCAAUAAGCUCCAAAAUUGGAAAUGUCCAGGUAACGUUAAAAUCCAAAACUUCUGGCUAAAAAAAUUAACAUCACUGCAUCCGUUAAUGUUGAGCUAUAUAAACCAGUUUAUUAACGACCCAGGUUCAACACCGGAAACUCUUUGUACAGGCCUCACAUUCAUGAAGCCAAAAAAUGUAACAAACAGCGAUCCGUUGAGUUUCAGACCAAUUACGUGCUUAAAUACGUUCUAUAAAUUAACAACAACGUGUAUCACCCAAAUGGUUGAGGAACACUGUUCAAAAAACAAUAUAAUCGCUGAAGAACAAAAAGGAUGCCGCAAGGGUUCACUGGGAUGCAAGGAACAGCUUACAAUAGAUGCGGUGGUCAUGAAACAGGCAAUUGACAAAAAACGCAAUAUCUAUGGGGCGUAUAUCGACUACAGAAAAGCAUUCGACAUGGUACCGCAUAGCUGGCUAAUCGAAAUCAUGAAAAUAUAUAAAAUCAGCGAAAAUAUCAUCAGGUUCGUUAGUCACAUAAUGUCAAAAUGGUCCACAGUUGUAAAACUCCCUGGCAGUGAAAGAACAUCGGAAAGAAUACCUAUUAAACGGGUGCUCAGCAACACAGCAUAUGGCUUCGAGAUAAAGGGUUUAACACCAAAUAUAAGACUCACACAUUUGCUCUUCAUGGAUGAUCUGAAGCUAUACUCAAGCUCAUCAAAAAAACUGGAACAGCAACUCAGAAUUACCGAAAAUUUUUCCAAGGCCAUCAACAUGGAAUUUGGCGUCGAUAAAUGCAAAACCUUCACAAUCCGCCAAGGUAAACUGGUUAAAGAGAUUGAGUACCAAACAUCAAGCCAAGAUAUCAUAAAAGCAAUGGAUGAAAAUGACGUCUACAAAUACCUGGGUAUGCAGCAGACCAAACAAACUAAUCAUGUCGAAAUUAAGCGAAGUUUACGAAACUCCUUCCGUGCACGACUUACUAGCAUUAUGAAAACAUCGCUAAACUCUAAAAACUUGUGCAAAGCUAUUAACACCUACGCUAUCACAUUAAUCACAUACUCUGCGGGUGUAAUUAAAUGGAAUGCAACUGAUUUGGAGGGUUUAGACAGAUUGGUUCGUACAGAACUUACCCGAUAUAGAUACCACCAUCCUAAAGCUGCGGUAGAGAGAGUUAACAUCCCAAGGAUUAAAGGAGGUCGUGGAAUCAUAAAUAUUAAAAGUAUGGAAGAAAAACAAAGACAACAAAUAACAAAGUACUUCCUAGAUAAAUCCAUCGUAUCAAACCUACAUAGGGUAGUAGUCAGUGCCGACAACAAUUACACCAUUCUCAAUCUAAAUCAGAGCAGAAAUGAUGAAACACCAAAUGGUAUACAAAACUUGAUUAGUAGAUGGCAAGCAAAAGAAAUACAUGGUAGACACCCAAAUGAACUAAGAACACAAAAUAUUGACCAAGAUCUCUCAAACAAAUGGCUAACAAGAGGAAAAUUAUUUGCAGAAACUGAGGGUUUUAUGAUAGCGAUUCAAGACCAAGUCAUUGCCACCAGAAAUUAUCUUAAAUACGUUGUUAGAGAUACAUCAAUAACAGAUGAUAAAUGCAGAAAAUGCUCAAACACACGAGAAACAAUACAACAUAUCUUAGCAGGCUGCAGUGUUAUUGCUCAAACAGCGUACAAACUAAGGCAUGAUAACGUGGCGAAGGUCCUGUCUAAUUCCGAAGAAAACAGUAGAGGGGGUCAUAAAACUUAA